UACUGACCUUACCUCGCUCGCGCGAUUAACGCACGUCGUUGCCUCCGUGCGUGCGUGUGAGAGAAGGCGAAGGUGCGGAGUAUUACUUUCUUCGGCCCGGCGACGGCGACGAGGAGGGAAACUCCUCAUCGCCUCUCGAGGCCGCUCUCAAAUUAGACCUCCGAGCCUGCGCUUCUAUUGUUACAGAGAGAAAGAUCGAGAUCGUGGCCGAGAUUGAGAGGGAGAGAGGCGAAUAUAAAGGGAAGGAAGAGGGAGAGGGGAUAUGGAGGGCUGGGAUCCGAGCACGAAGUCGGCGCUGACGCAGAUCCCGCUGUUGUCGACGCGGGCGGGGCCGCGGGAAGGGUCGGCGUGGACGCAGCGGCUGAAGGAGGAGUAUCGCGCCCUGAUCGCCUACACCACCAUGAACAAGUCCCACGACAACGAUUGGUUCCGCAUCUCCGCCGCCAAUCCCGAGGACACCCACUGGUCGGGCACCUGCUGGUACGUCCACAACCUCCGCCGCUACGAGUUCCAAGUCCAGUUCGACAUCCCCGUCACCUACCCCGCCACCGCCCCCGAAAUCGAGCUCCCCCAGCUCGACGGCAAGACCCACAAGAUGUACCGGGGAGGCAAGAUCUGCCUCACCGUCCACUUCAAGCCGCUCUGGGCCAAGAACUGCCCUACGUUUGGAAUUGCGCACGCCCUUUGCCUGGGCCUCGCGCCGUGGCUUGCCGCGGAGGUGCCGAUUCUUGUCGACUCCGGCGUUCUGAAGCACAAAGAUGAUGAGCCCUCCUUAGCCGGAUCUUGACGGAGAGAAUGGCAGCAUCCGGCAGCUCCAUGAUGUUGUUGUGCAUCGAAAGCUUGUGUGUGUGGUUCCUUUUCAUUUUUAUUUUUGUUGAACCCUGUUUGUUCCGUAAUUUGGAUCUGAUAGACAAACUAUCUUCUGCCUUUUAUUUCCUGUCUGAACUAUGCUGAGAUUAGGAGGGAAUAUGUGAGACGUUUAACACUUGGGGUUGGAUUGUGUUUUGCAUAUUCUUUUCUGGAAAUGCUGAACUGCCUGAAGCAAAACCAGCUUAAGAAUGUAAGAAAACGAAUGGCUCAUUCUUUUUA